GAAAGCGGCAUGCUGAUGCCUGAGCGAUGUCUCUGGUGCUGUCUCUAUACGUGCCUUGAUUUUGACACGGCAUCCUCCUCCUGCUGACCUGCUCUAAUUACAAUACAUUCAUUCAUCACCAGCUUGAUUAGUUCCAAGUUCCAACCCACACAUACUAUUACUAGUACGGAGUAGUGCACGUAGCUAGCAUCAGUCGGCUGCGUGUCGUUUCGUGUCACCGCAUCAGUAGUGCAUCCCUUGUUAAUUCAGUUUAGCAGAAUCUAGGUCUGGACGCGGACGGGCAACGGCAUUUUCAUUGCUCUCGUCACUGCUCAAACUCUGACCGGAACGGGGAUUGGAAUUUGGAUCAUGUGGCAGCACGCACAGGCACGGCUCGCUAGCUAGCUAGCUACGCAAUCCUACUGCUGCGUCAGUUAGCUUGUACGUAGGAGUAGGAGCUUCUUCUUGCCGACUCUUCGAUCGCCGUAUCCAGGCAACAUACAGGCACGCUCCAGCCCAGGCGAGUUGUCACGAGGACACCAACCAAACUGGCUCUGAAGUACUACGUGGCCUGGCCUCCCCCUCCCCUCGAUCAAGUGAAGCCUGAGGUUUUGUGGCUAUCAUAUCAGAGCGGAUCAGCGAUUGCUUUGCUCGCUGCCGUUCUUCGAUCCCUCUGGCCGGUGGAUGGUGAUCACGCGGGUGGCCGUCGGGCUGCUGCGCGCCCUCGUCGCCGGUGUCUUCUGGGCGGCCGGCACGGCGGUGGGCGCCGCGUACGGCCUCCUGUCAGCCGGCUUCGUCGACGACUACGAGGAGGACGGGUUCAUGCAGGGGACGCUGCUGGGGGCGGUCGCCGGAGCGCUCGUGUCCCUCGACCUCGCCGGCUCCCUCCUCACCAUAUGGUGCCGCUGCCGCCAAGACGACCACCGCUCCACCGGGCGAAUCAAGCGCACCGUCGGCGCCGUUGUUGCGCUGACGGCUCUCGCCGACCCGCACUACUCCGGUCGCGGUGACCUCGUCGUCCUCUCGCCCAACCAGCCGGUGAUCACGGGGACGAAGGACGCCGUCGUGGUGGUCACUAAGGACACCGCCGGGCAGAGCACCUGUCCCCACAUGCUCCCACGUUUUCCACACCGUCGGGGCGGCGAGCGCGCGGGGAGGCUCCGCGCAUGCUCCCACGUUUUCCACGUGGGCUGCAUCCGCAGGCCGCACUGCCCCAUGUGCCGCCGUGCCGUCAGCUAGCACGCCUCGCAGCAAACGGACUUGUUUUAAUUCCCUUUGGACAGACAGAAAGAAUAGGAGUCUGCAUGUGUCAAUUUGUAAAUUUCAGAUGUUUUUGGCGAUUUCAGUCGGUGGUCACUGGAUGUGAUCUUACCCUGGCCUGGGAAAAACCUCUCAACUUUCUUUCAAAGCUGUCUU